CACGCACACACACCGAGCCCGCUUCCGAGCACUGACGCCGCGAUUCGCCGCGGUUCUCGGGGCAAGAGACCUCCACUCUCCGCCGGGAGAGAGACGAAAAAAAACCAGCUCGACAUGCCGCUCACCGGCGAGGCGACGCCGCUGCUGGCGCGCGACUCGAAGGGUGAUCGGUCGAACAAUCGCCGAUCGUGGCGAUUCGCGGCGCUGCCGACGUCCGCGGUCGCGAUCGUGCUCGCCACGGUGCUUCUGUCGACGACGUCGUCGCCGAUCUCGAGCGUGCUCGGUCUUGGCCGCGCGAGCCUCGGGCAGAACGCCACGAACGUCACGAUGAGCUCGACGGACAACGUCCGUAGGUUAAUCUCGAACUACACCGUCGAGCACGAUGCGGUCAUCGCGGAGACGCGAAGGGUGAAGGACGCGAUCGACGCGCUUCGCGUGAAGCGCGCCGAGAUCGUCGGCAUGACCGCCGUGGACAACCUUCCGCUCCCCGCGAUCGACCUGACCGGUCACGGCGAGACCCCGCUGAUCAGUUCUUUUUGGAGUACCCGCCAGACACCCAGCCUCGGUCAAACUGACGGGACGACGACGAACAAGAUGACGCAGAUCAUGACCCUCAUCAACGGGUUUGCCUUGCACCACGACAAGAUUAUCUCGAACACCAGGACGUUGGACGGGAAGCUCCACAAGCUUCGCGGCCAGCGCGACGCGAUCAUCGGUAUGGAAGUCGACGACCCUCCGCUCCCGACGAUCAACAUGACCGGCAUCGUCGCCGCGAUCGCAGAACCGAUCUCUGAAGCCAUGCUCGGUCAACCCGAGAGCCCGGCGGGGACGCAGAUCAUGAGAAUGGUCGCGGAAUACGCCAAGAAGCACGAGAUGGUGAUCGCGGAGACCAAGAUGGUGGCGAGGAGGAUCGAGGGCCUCCGCUGGAAGCGCGGUCAGGUCAUUGCGAGGACCGUCGGUGCCACCGCGAUCCCGUCGUGGACUACACCGGCGGCAUGA